AGUGCAUGGCCAACUGCUGGCAUUCCGGCGUCCCUCAUUUCCUGCAGAACAGCCGCGAGUGUUUCUGCGAGUCUGCAGCCUCUGGCGUCAUCUUUGCUGUGUGAGCCAAGAUUGAAGAUCGGUCUCAUUAUGGAGGUCCGCUGCCUCCUCCCCCUUUUCGAAUCUUGCCAAAGGACACUCAGGCAACCUGCAGAUCUGCGUCCCCCGAAUCAAGCCUCGAGAGCUCUGUUGCAACACCGCGUCGUCGUGCAGGGGGUUGUUGAUUUGCGACGGCGAGACCCGCAUGUAACUGCAUGGGCGUCAAAACCGCACCCACAAUCCGCCUCCGCUGCCCCGGACCUGGCUGAGCCUAUUUUGACGUCGAAUCCGAUUCAUUGGGCAGCUCACGCUGCCAUGGACGCUUUUGUCUCGACUGGUUACCCGCAUUUAUCUGUCCGUGUCCGUAGCACACGGCCAAAGGAGUCAUUCCAAGCCUCUAUCGUCAUCGAUGGCGCUUGUACAAUACUUGUAUUGUACACACAAGUACUGUGGACCUGGGAAAGCCCACUACCUUACAGACAGUAUCCUGGCCUGGGGCACAACCAGCAUUUUGAGCUUCAGGGAGAUUCGAUCCCUUGUUUCAAUUCAGAGAAAGGCAGCCCGGACAAGACAUCAGGCGCUGCAGCUCGAUGGUCACCCUUGGCAGGCGUCCCGGGUCCGUGAGUUGGUUAGACCAAUGGUAUUAGAGGAGUGACCUACCGGCCGAUCACUUGCCGCAGGUGUAUGCCAGCAAGGGCAACUCCCACGCCUAUCCCCUGGUCUCACUCUGAGAAAGAUGGAGAGCAAACGGACAAGUCCAUCA